AUGCUAACAACACCUCCAACACUCUAUAUCCGCCGCCCUUCGCCAACAACAGCCGAAUUCACCGUCACCACCUGCCCGCCAUUAACUCUACCCCUUCGUCUCCUCCUCGCAGCACUCAACCUCCUGCGCGGCAUCAUCGCCUUAGCCGCCGCAGCACUUUUCUACAAACGGUUCCUCGAAGACAGCCCGUUUAUAUUCCCUUUCUCUUUGCCCUUCGGGUUCGGGCCUAGGAAUGUCACGAGGGGGGCUCAACAGGCUGCCGGAGGAGGGACAGAUGGAAGCGGGAUUGGGUACCUAGUUCAACUGGUAACAACAUCUCUAUCGCAAGUGGCUAGCUUGCUAGGCAAGAUCGCCGCCCCCUUCCCCAGCUGGGCCGUAGCAUCGGUCUGCCUCCUCGUCCUGCACAUCUCCCUCUUCACCCGCCUGCACACAACCGAAUCCGUCCUCGUCCUCCGCGGCCUGGGCAUGCAAAUCUCCUCUUCCCCCGGUGCCGCCCGCAGCCCAUACCUCGGUAGCAGCAGCGGGGGCGGCACCGUAGGCUUUUUUGGGUUCCGGCUUUUUGGGCCUUGGCCGUGGCGGACGGAGCAGAGGUUCAUUCCGACGGAACAGAUCCGAGAUGUGCUGAUUAAUGAGGCGUUUCGGGGAUUUGAGGUUAGGUAUUGUUUGAUUGUUGUUGUGGAGGGAGAAGAGGAUGUUACAGUGCUGUUUCCGGGGCUGUUGCCGAGGAGGAAGAUUGUUGAGAGGGUUUGGAGGGGUAUUAGGGAGUGUUUGUGGGAGGGAGAGGAGGGACGGAGGAUGACGGGGACGGGGAGUCUGAAGGAGAGAUAG